UAUUUUUUUCUAUUAAAAAAAGGAAAACAAAAAAACAAAACGGAGUUUGAUUUGGACGGAACCCAAAAUCAGGAAAAGGCCAAUAAGAUCCAUUUGGGGGCUUCUUCCCCUUAAUACCCCAGGCAAAAGGCCAAACCAUACUUUCAUUGAAAUUAACUUCUCAUCUCCACGCGCCACGCGCCACCCCCACCCCUACUUCAGUCACUUUCUCCAUCUCCGCCACUCUGUCAUUUCCUCUGAUUAGUCUCUCUCUCAACACACACUGCAAGGAUGGGUUGGGCGAGUACUAUGCUGCUGCAGCAUUGAAUGCCAUCUUCCCUGUUUUUUUUUGCUUUCAUUCCCUCUCUCCCAGUAUGUUGCAGGAUUUUGAGCUCUGAUGGUCGAGAUUACAUGGCUUUCAUUUGAAGGCAUACUUCAAACAAGUGUUGAGUUGUUGUAGAUAACUGUGAUUGUUGAGUAAAUACAGUUUCGACUGGAUUUUGCUGCGGAAAAGAAAAAAAAAAAGGAAAAUGGAGGGGAGAAUGAAGAAAUACAGGCAAGUGAGCCCCGAACGAGCUAAAGUAUGGACAGAAAAAUCACCGAAAUAUCACUACAAUCAUAAUUACAAUCAGCAGCAGCACAAUCACAAAGUUCCGGUAGUGUACUAUCUAUGCAGGAAUCGACAACUCGAGCAUCCUCAUUUCAUGGAAGUCCCUAUCUCUUCUACCGAUGGGCUUUACUUAAGAGAUGUAACCGAAAGGCUUAAUGUUUUGAGAGGCAGAGGCAUGGCUUCGAUGUAUUCGUGGUCUUGCAAGAGGAGUUAUAAGAAUGGAUUUGUGUGGCACGAUCUUUGCGAUGACGAUUUAAUCCUUCCGGCUCACGGAAAUGAGUACGUCCUCAAGGGCUCAGAGCUCUUCGAAGAAUCCAAUUCUGGUAACUUCAGCCCUGCAGAGACAAUUAUACUACAGAAUCAGAAAGCACUUCCAGAGCCACCAUCUUCUAGAAGCCACGAAGAAUCUUCUUCUUCGUCCAGCUUGAACGGCACAACCACAAAGACUUCUCAAGAAGACGAAGUAUCUCCACCAGAUCAGCGUCCAUGCUCAUCGUCCGUUUCUCCAGAAUUCAUCAACGGGAAAAACUCCUCUUGGAAUGGUUCUUUGAGCCUCACUGAGUACAAAAUCUACAAGAGUGACGGCCUUGCAGAUGCCUCCACUCAAACCGAAGAAAACUCCAACAGAGCCGUUGCAAAUCGUGACACCUGUACAAGAGGUGUUUCAACCGAUGAGGCAUUAUUGGAGCCCAAAAACGAAGUUCCUAGGGUAAUAAAAGGCAUUCCGGCAACUUCUAGAAACCUCGUUUCCCCUCCUCCAUCUACCUCCAGUGCUUCUUCUUCCAGUGGCAGGACCGAUACCUUGGAGUCUCUCAUUAUAGCCGAUGCGAGGAAGCUCAACAGCUUCAGGAUACUCGAAGAGGAGGAGUUUCGAAUGCCGUCACAUGCGAAAUUGAAGGCUUCGAAUAUGAUAAUGCAACUGAUUUCUUGUGGUUCCAUAUCUGUUAAAGAUCACAGCUUUGGCCUUAUUCCGACGUACAAGCCGAGGUUUUCGCACUCGAAAUUUCAGUCACCCUUGUUCUCGACAUCUGUGAUGUUGGGGGACCUUGAUUGCAUGUCGGAUAAUCCACGCCACAUGGGCGUUACGUUGGAACAGAAAGAGUACUUUAGUGGGAGCUUGGUUGAAAUGAGUAUGCUUAAGGAAGGAGUGCCCAAACUUAAACGGUCUUCUUCAUUCAAUGCUGAUAGAAGUAGUGAGCGAUUCGAUAAAACCGAAGAAAACGUAGAGGGGAGUAGUUCCACACGAACAAAGUGCAUUCCCAGAUCACUCAAGGCUUCUCUAACUAAGCAGCAGCCAAGAUGCGAAUCUAUGAGAUCCCCUCUUUCCGACGGACCAAGAAUCUCGUCCGACAGAGCAGAAAGUUCAAGAACAACAACACCUGGCACAUCCAACGGUGGGAGCAAGAGAAUGACCGAUCCUCUCUCCAGCAAACCGAAUUCUUCCAGAACUUACAACGGGAAUGUGAUCAAGAUUGAAGAAAGGCUUGCUUCAGGAGCUCGGGUUAUAAUUCAAUCCAAAUUAUCUUCAGACGACGAGGGGACAUGUUGAGACCAAACGAAAUUGAACAAUCAAUGGACAGAGAUAUUAUUCUUAGAGUAAUCCCAUGCUCCUUAAUUUCUCAAUGAUUUUUUAGAAUUUGAUUUUUUUUAAUCAUGAUUUUCAUGUAAAUUGUGAACUGAAAUAGGUAGAUGGAUCAAUGGGUUUGAGGUGAUUUUUUUUUUUUUGUCUAAAUGCACAAGUGUUUCUGUUUUGUUACCCACUUAUAUUUGAGCAAACUUUUGG